GUUGACUGCUCGCAGAGCUCGACCGAUCGUUAACGCGUAGCAGAACGGCCAUUGUGUAAAAAGAGCCCGGAUAGUGCACGCUGAGGACCGUCCAGCCGGACGCGUAGUUCUUCUUUUAAGACUUACUUGUGAUAUUAGACUGUGCCAAGGAGCGAGCUAACCAAGCCGAAGAUGGAAGACGACCAGCAGUUCUGCCUAAGGUGGAACAAUCACCAGAGCACGCUCAUCCAAAACUUUGACACAUUACUCGAAAGUGGCACGCUAGUGGACUGCACCCUGGCGGCGGAGGGGAAGUAUCUAAAGGCCCACAAAGUAGUCCUCUCUGCGUGCAGUCCGUACUUUGAGGGCCUCCUCAGCGAACACUACGACAAGCACCCUGUCUUUAUACUAAAGGAUGUUAAGUUUAAAGAGUUGAAGGCCAUGAUGGACUACAUGUACAGGGGAGAAGUUAAUAUCUCCCAAGACCAGCUGGCCGCACUUCUCAAAGCCGCCGAGUCUUUACAAAUUAAGGGCCUCUCGGAAAGUAAAACGGGUAGCAGUGGCGGGAGCAAAACAGACUCGAGGCAACAGAAGGUCGUUUCGCAACCAACGGCACCGUCGUUAGACAUUCCACACGCGUCUUCCGGUCUCACCAUAGAAAAGAACAUCAAAGUUCCUAGGCAGAGUUUGGCGCAAAGCUGUGUAGGCGACCUACCAGAAGACUCCGCCAGUCCGCAGCUUCCGAAAGGAUUAUCCUCCAGGGAAGGGUCGCAAAGUCCAACCUCCUCGAGGAAAAGAAAAAAGUUUAGGAGACGAAGCGUCGGCGAGGACACCUCGGUAGAGAAUCACGAUGCGUCCAAUUCGAGCGACAUGCCCCAACAAAUGGGCGUUCCUGCGCUUGGAAUCGCGCCUGUCACGGAUGAGAAGGCUCUUGCUGACCCCGCGGAGUCUCUCGGCAGGUCGACCAUCGUGACGCAUCUAACGAAACCUGCCGACGAAAUGCUCCAGUUGCCCCUCGAAAAACCGGAGCCGAACGAUAGCCUGAUCGAGCCAAAGUCUGAAUUUAUGGAUGAUCCAGAGGAGAGCGUCGAAGACCUGACGCUCGAUGACGAUAUGAACGACCUCAAUGAAAUGGAGCAAGAUAAUAAUAGAGCCGGUCCUUCCCACGAUCCCUCCCAACAUCCUGGUCUUGCCGCGUGGCACGUAACGGGCGAUCGAAGUAACGCGGGAGGAGUCGUGGGCUCGGUGGCAGGCGCCCCUGGAACGACGGACGAAGUCUUUCUCGCAGCCCAGGAGGCCGCUCAGGCCCACCGCGACUCACAAGGCAUGGGAGCCCUGCUUUCUCUCCUGCGCUCGGACUACAAGCACUCGGUGAAGAGGUACAGGGCGACGAGAGAGAGCACCGGGAGAGACAGCGUGGAGGGCAACGAUCGCACCAGGGAGGUCGUCUUCCCGGACUCGUUCGAGGUCCUACCUCAACCUAGGGACCUCAGCGUCGUUUACAUGGGCGUCCCUCACGAGCAGCAGCGCAAGUUCAGGUGCAGGUUCUGCGGCAAGGGGUACAGGUGGAAAAGCACGAUGCGCCGCCACGAGAUGGUCGAGUGUGGCGGGAAGCCCCCUGCUUUCCAGUGCCCCGAGUGUCCCUACAAAGCUCGGCAACGAGGCAACCUCACCGUGCACUACAAGCGACAUCAUCAGAAAAUCGGAUACGACGAGAGCAUCUAGACCUAAUCUCGACACCCCGUCUCUCUUGGAUAUCUCUCUCUUACUCUAUCUCUCGAUGCCCUCGAGACGACGCGCGCUUGUAUCUCCAUCUCGCCCCCUCUUUAUUUUUUUUACGGCCACUCGCCUCGGAUUUUUGAGGACUAUCGACGAAUUCCGUCAAUCGGGAGUAGUUUCGAGAACGAAGGAUCGAUUCGAUCUUACAUUGCCGAGGAUGAGACGUUUCGAGGACCCAGCCUCCGUUUGUGAUAGAUCUCCUCUCGAUCCCUCGAUUCAAGAUGGCGCGUCGAGGUUACGUUUUCAAGGACCCGAUUAUGGGUCCUCUUAGGGUGAUAGCAUUGGAAGGGCUGAAUCGGUAGUUGGAGGUUUCUUCCAGCGUGGUAGUUGCAGUGGCGGUGCACUUUAGACGUCGAAAAUCGGUGGCGACGAGAGUGGUCCUACGCGCGGUUCUCUACCUCUCGAAUGUCUCUUAACAUCUCUCUAUUAUAAUUGUUAAGGCAAAGUUAGCCCUUGUUCGGGACGAUCUUCCCGGGGCACGUGCUCUAGGGAAUCCCUCCGCUCCAAGGGACUGCCCAUCGUCUCGCUCAAUACCGAUUUAUCGAUCAUCGAAUUAUCUCACUAGGGAACAACUGAUGUUUUCUCGACUGGAAGAUUUUUUUUAAGGUGUUUGGCGCACCUUGCAAAUCCGAAUUUUUCUCGACCGAUAGUGCCUUUCGUAUGGAUCUACGUGAGCGAAUUUCGGGACGAAUUGAGAUUCCAUUCCAUUUUAACGCGUUAAAAAUAGGACGGUUGAUGUACAUUCUGGAGAUGCGCGAUGUGUAUUAUUUUAGGAGUUAAAAAAAUGUUAAGUUAGAUGCGGAACUAUAUGCUCGUGAGAAAAAUCUCUGAUAUUCGUCUCAACUGAAAUUCCGAUAAGUAGCAGUAUUAAUCGCCGAUCGAUGAUCGCGAUUGCAAUUGGCUUUUCGAUGCUUCCUCAACCUCGAAAUUCGGUUUCGAAGUAACGUCGACUUCUCGAGGAUUCGAACGCGAAUGUUCCGCGAGGAAACGCGAUUAAUCGGAGCGACGUGUAUGGAUUUUGAUAAGCAAAUGUUCACCGACUGCGAGUAAGGUUCCCACUAUCUGACACGCGGGACUGAGACGACAAUCUCCUUGCAACACUAGUGGUUAUUUACGGUCAUAUUCAUUCCAGUUAAUUAUCUCUCGGAGAGUAACGAUCGGUCUUGAGACUCUUCCUUUCGUCGCAUCGACGGACGACGCCGAGUUCAGCUGAUAAGGGGCUCCGAUCGCGAUAAAAGUACUCGUCCUCUCUUGGGAAAAAUAUAUAAAGACAUUAGCGAUCCUGAUUAAAUUUGUACAUUGCCUGGGCAGGACGGGGAGGUAGCGAUUUUAUUUUUUUUUAUAUUUUUUUUUAUUAAAUUACACUCGCAGGCUCUGGUCCUUCUCUCUUCCCCUGGCGGCCCGAAACCGCUCUUCUCACCUGAAUUCAGCGUCGGAAAAUAAGGAUAGAAGUCGGCAAUCGACGUGUCUAGUGCCUGUGUAACUUACGAAUGCAUUCCAGUAUUUAUUGCGCGUGAGCUUAACGGUUGAAACCGCGUUUAAACCGCGUUUAAACCGCGUUGAAAUCGCAUCCGCUCGUUGGCGAGGAACGCCCGAGCGGGCGCCAUCUUUUUAUCGUUAGACACCUAAGGACAAUCGUUUUUCCACGUAUUUUUGUUUGUUUUGUACACAAAGGAGAAAUAACUCGGACGCGAGCUUGCGACGCGCGUCAGUAUUUUUGAUAUCAGUAUUUUUUGCGAAUUUCCGCCACUCGUUUGUUAUAUACCUUCCACCCUCGUCCGCGUUUCUCAACGCACCCCUCGAACUUGAUUUUUCUCUAAGAUUUAUCGGUUACCUUGUAAUUAACGAGCUACUUGUGUAAUUUGGACUUUUGGUAUGAUAUACUUAAUGUUUAAGAACGA